UGGACCAAUAAUACUACACACUGUGCAGCGGUGCCACGCAGGCACAUUUUCACCAGCCAAUCACAAAGAAGUAGGGCGGGACUACGAGCGUCUACGUUGCUGAGGAGAAACGAUGGCCCAGCCACACCAUGGUUACCGGGGGUCAAAACCCAGAGCUCGGGCAGCCCCUGUCCCAGGAGACCCUCUUCUUUUUGAGGACACCAGCUCUGGAGUACCACCCAUGAACAACCAGAACUACUAUGAUUCUGGUUAUAGCAUGGGAGGAGGCCAGGCAGUCGGCGGGGUAAAUAAUCUGUUUGCAGAUCCAAUGGCCAAUGCAGCUAUGAUGUAUGGCUCCUCAAUAGCAAACCAAGGCAAAGAUAUAGUAAACAAAGAGAUCAAUCGUUUUAUGUCAAUAAACAAGUUGAAGCACUUCUUUGCAGUUGACACCAAAUACGUCAUGAAGAAAUUAAUGCUUCUCCUGUUUCCCUAUACACACCAGGACUGGGAAGUUCGAUACCACAGAGACACUCCUCUCCCCCCUCGCAAUGACAUUAAUGCUCCAGAUCUCUACAUACCCACAAUGGCGUUUAUUACCUAUAUUUUGCUGGCAGGAAUGGCUUUGGGAAUACAGAAACGAUUCAGUCCAGAGGUCCUCGGUCUAUGUGCCAGCACCGCUCUGGUUUGGGUCAUCAUUGAGGUUCUUUUAAUGUUGCUGAGUCUAUACCUGCUCUCGGUUCACACGGACCUAUCAACUUUUGAUCUUGUUGCUUACAGUGGCUACAAAUAUGUCGGGAUGAUCUUUACUGUCCUGUCUGGGCUGCUCUUUGGCAGUGAUGGCUACUAUGUUGCUCUUGCCUGGUGCUCUUGUGCCCUCAUGUUUUUCACUGUCCGCUCUCUCAAAAUGAAGAUCCUGUCUUCGCUGUCCUCAGAUUCAAUGGGUGCAGGAGCAAGUGCCAAACCUCGCCUCCGUUUAUAUAUCACCGUGGCCUCAGCUGUUUUUCAGCCAAUCAUCAUUUUCUGGCUAACUGCACAUUUGGUCAGAUGACAAGGUGGAAAUGUUUUCCUGGAGCAAAAUAACUUUUAAACAGUACAGAACAUGUUCAGUAUGACUGUAAUCACGCAUUAGCUGUUUGCUGUAACAAGUGAAAGUGUGGCCUGUCUGUAACAAAACAUUUAGCUUGGCUUGGAGAACAUGCCAUGGGGAUUUUUCACUUGCUUUUUUCAUCAAAGGAGUUUAUGGUCUGAAACCAUCAUCUUUUAAAAGAGUGACAGGCUAAAUCUGAGAUUCAGAAUUUUAAAGGUGUAUUCAGUGUUUUUUCUGUCUCUGACUUCUAAGAAAAUAUAGUUUUUGUUUAACUCUGUCACCUCUUUUACUAAGGUGACAAAGUCAGCCUCAUUUUUGAGGCGCAAAAAGAAAAAAGAGAAUUCACAUUGACCCUUAAAGUAUUUUUUUGUGCUCGGCUUGAUUUUGUGCGGUAUUUGGUACUAGUGCUGAACACAAUCUGCUGAGCCCACGUGCCCUUAUUUUCUAUUUAUCAUGCAUGAACAUUUAUGUUUUUUCUUUCAGUAAAAAAAAAAUAAAUACAAAAUUCAUUAGAAUUUUAAUUAUGUUCACCAGG